AUUCCGAAUAUUGCCGUUGAUGAGUGAGCACGUCGAAUCGCGGUGAAAACAACUUGCGAAAGAUGAACGGACGUGCGUGCUAAGUGUGCGGCAGCUGUUAAAUAACCAAACAAAAGCAAAUAGGCGAUUAAAUAUUGGAAUUAAUUGAAAUGCAUAACUGAGCAAUCAUAUGUGCGUAAGUCGACAACGGUAAACGGUGGCGCAAGGGCCAAAGUUCCACCGGAAGGCGAGAAAGCGUUGUGUGUGCUCGUCUGUCGUGGAAAUUUCGAUUUUUUGCAUGAGACGCUGUUAUUAAAAAUAAAAACAAAGAGGCCGCCAAGUUGCCAAAAGCAGACACGCAGCGCCCCCCUAAUUUAAUCAUGUUGAUGUGUACAGUGCGAUUAUAAAUAAAUUUGUUAAAAUUAGUCAGUGCAUAUUAUUCCGUUGCUUUGUUGCAUUUGUUUGUUUGUGUUUUUGCUCGCUUCGCUGUUUAUCUCUUUCGUACGCGCGCGUCAUUCAUAUGCUGAGAGAGUGUAUUGGCCAUUUGUGACGUAAACAAAUGUAAAUAAAAAGUGUUUUGUGCAAAAAUUCGCAAAAUGCCAACAACAAACAGCCGACAUACCGACAACAAUUGCAAUUCACGUGCCAAAUACAAUAUAGCAACAACAGUACUGUGAAUUGUUAGCCUCUGUGUUUUGUGCUGCUCAUUCGUUGCUGCAAGGCCAGCUGAGCGCAACACGUUUGUGUUUGGUCUCUCUCUCUCUCUAUCUCCCUUACGUUCACAUGCGUAGGCGGCAAGUGAACUUAAAAAAGUAACAGUUUGUGGCAGCAUUGAUUGAUUUGGACAAACAUAGCACAUGCGACAGAUUGACAACUGAACAACUGAACUGUUGAGAUAAGACAACAUACAGCACUGUCAAUGCCCGAUAGUAAAGCCAGUGAAUGUGGGUCUCUCAUAUGACUGAUAAUGGCAGUCGACGCUGGCUGCUACAACAACAACAACAACAACAACAACAACAACAACAGCGAAAGCAGCAGCAGCAACAGCAGCAAAUGGACUUGCAACAGGCAAACUAUUAUUAGCAGCCACAAUGGCCAAACAACAUGAAUAUUUAAAUAUUUGGAAACAUAUCAAAUGGCGAAUUGAAAUAUAAAUUUGAGAUACCUCAAUAAUCAGCAACUACAAUUGUAAUUUGAAAGUUGAGUUGAGAGCAACAAGUGCCAUAAAAAGUGCAAAACACGAGAGUAAGAAUUUUAGGCAAGCAAAUAAUACUACACAUAUCCCCAACACAAGUAUAUAGAUAGCAAUAUACAAAUAUUAUAGCUGCACCUGCAGCAGCAACAAUAUGACAAUAUCAGCAGCAGCUUCGGCAACAGCAACAACAACAGCAGCAGCAACAGCAGCAGCAAGACUAUUGAAUGGAAAUCGCUUGCCUGGCAAAUCGCAGAAAUAUGAAAAACUCAUUAAACUACCACAGCAAAUGCAGACGAGUUUGAGUGGGAGUGCGACAAGCGUGACCGGCACGCAAACGGAUGCGGAUGCGAGUGCGGAUGCUGAUGCGGAUACGGAUGCAUCCGUGGAUUGCGGCCAUUUCAAUAAGCAUUUUGGCAAUGGCUAUGCCACGCCCUCAGUCACGCCUGCAACUGCGCCCACGCCCACGCCCACGCCCACGCUUAUAUCCAUGCCCAGUAACCUGCUGCAUAACACACACAUCACAGAUCGUACAUUGUUGCUGCCACAUGAAGAGGCAACAACAGGAGCAGCGAAUGGGUUUCGAGCCAGCGGCAUUGUCACGUACAAGUCUAAAUCAAAUGGCAACUGCAGCUCCGACUUCAACUCUACCUCAUCGAUGUCUAUUGGCGGUGGCCAUGCCACUGCCAGCUCCCUCUCCAGCUCGCUCUGCCAUUGUUGUAAUUUAAUUGCACGUCGCUGCAUUGGCAUCAACAAGCGACGCUGCGUCCUGGCGCUGUUUGCCAUCACCGUGGUUAGCAUUCUCUACUACACGCAUUACGUGGGCACGGACAUGUUCGAUGGUCUCAUCCAACGGGAUACGCAUCCGGCGCCUAUAAUCAACUGUCGCAUGAUAAAUGCGGCGGGCAAACAUGUGCGCGAUGCCUCGCCAGCGCCGGACCAUCGGUCAGAGGCACGUUUGAGGAUCGAUCCAAAGGUGCUGGUGUUUGUGGAGACGACGUAUUCUGGUCUGGGGCGGGACAUUGCCGAGCUGCUGGUCUACAAUCGUAUCAAAUACAAAAUCGAAGUGGCCGGCAAGAGUCUGCCAGUGCUGACCAAUCUGGACAAGGGUCGCUAUGGCGUCAUUGUGUUUGAGAACCUCGACAAGUACCUCAACAUGGACAAGUGGAAUCGCGAGCUGCUCGACAAAUACUGCCGCGAGUACUCGGUGGGCAUUGUCGGCUUUGUCAGCCCUAGCGAGGAGACUCUGGUCGGUGCGCAGUUGCGCGACUUUCCCCUCUUUGUGCACACAAAUCUGCGCCUUCGAGACGCCAGUCUUAAUCCCAGCUCCUCCGUACUGCGUUUAACACGCGCUGGCGAAACAGCCUGGGGAGCAUUGCCUGGCGAUGAUUGGGCGGUGUUUCAGCAUAAUCACAGCACCUACGAGACGGUGGAGUGGGCGCAGCGCAACACGCAAGAGUAUCCGGCGGACAGUGUGGGACAAGUGCAGCUGCCGCUGACGACAGUGCUGCAGGAUCGGGGACAACUGGAUGGCAUACAACGCGUGCUCUUCGGCAGCAGCCUGCGCUUCUGGCUGCAUCGACUGGUGUUUCUGGAUGCGCUCAGCUAUCUCAGCCAUGGUCAGCUGAGCCUUAGCUUGGAGCGCAUGAUUCUGGUCGACAUCGAUGACAUCUUUGUGGGGGAGAAGGGCACGCGUCUGCAGCCGGAUGACGUGCGCGCCUUGAUAGCCACGCAAAAGAUAAUUGCCAGCAUGGUGCCCGGGUUUCGCUUCAACCUGGGCUUCUCCGGCAAGUACUAUCAUCAUGGCACACGCGAGGAGAACCUGGGCGACGACUUUCUGCUGCAGAACGUGCAGGACUUCAACUGGUUCUCGCACAUGUGGAAGCACCAGCAGCCGCAUCUGUACGACAACCUCACGCUGCUCAUGGCCGAGAUGCAACUGAACUAUGCCUUUGCCAAGGAGCACAACAUACCCACCAACUCGGGCUACUCCAUAUCGCCACACCACUCCGGUGUCUAUCCCGCCCAUGAGCUGCUCUAUCUGGCCUGGAAGCAGGUCUGGAACGUCAAGGUCACCUCCACCGAGGAGUAUCCGCAUCUGCGUCCCGCGCGCCUACGUCGUGGUUUCAUUCAUCGCAACAUCAUGGUGCUGCCGCGACAGACCUGCGGCCUCUUCACGCACACCAUGUACAUAGAUCGGUAUCCGGGCGGACGGGACAAGCUGGACGAGUCCAUACAGGGCGGCGAGCUCUUCCAGACAAUUGUAUAUAACCCCAUCAAUAUCUUCAUGACGCACAUGUCAAACUACGGCAGCGAUCGGCUGGCGCUCUACACAUUCCAAUCGGUCAUCAAGUUCCUGCAGUGCUGGACCAAUCUGAAGCUGGCCUCCGCACCGCCCAUACAGCUGGCGGAGAUGUACUUUCGCCUGCAUCCCGAGGAGGUUGAUCCCGUCUGGGGCAAUCCCUGCGACGAUGCGCGCCACAAGAAGAUCUGGUCCAAAACCAAGAACUGCGAAUCGCUGCCCAAGUUUCUGGUCAUAGGCCCACAGAAGACGGGCACCACUGCUCUCUACACAUUCCUCUCCAUGCACAACAGCAUUGCCAGCAACAUAGCCAGCCCCGACACCUUCGAGGAGGUGCAGUUCUUCAACGGCAACAACUACUACAGAGGCCUCGACUGGUACAUGGACUUCUUCCCCGCCGAUACGUUGCCCAACACCAGCUCUCCCCUGCCCACGGCUCUUGGCUCGCCGCGCUACAUGUUCGAGAAGAGCGCCACCUACUUUGACGGCGAGGCGGUGCCAAAGCGUGCUCAUGCUCUGUUGCCCCACGCCAAGAUUGUCACCAUACUCAUCUCGCCGGCGAAGCGCGCCUACUCCUGGUACCAGCACCAGCGCGCCCAUGGUGACAUAAUUGCCAACAACUAUAGUUUCUAUCAGGUUAUAACGGCAAGCGACUCGGCGCCGCGAGCACUUAAGGAUUUGCGCAAUCGCUGCCUCAAUCCGGGCAAAUACGCACAGCACUUGGAGCACUGGCUGGCCUAUUAUCCGGCCCAACAGCUGCACAUCAUCGAUGGCGAGCAAUUGCGUCUCAAUCCCAUUGAGGUGAUGAACGAGCUGCAGCGAUUCUUAAAAAUCCAACCGCUGCUCGACUAUUCCAAUCACCUGCGCUACGAUGUGAAGAAGGGCUUCUACUGCCAGGCAGUGAGUGAGAAGCGCAAUAAAUGCCUUGGCAAGUCCAAGGGGCGACAAUACCCGUCCAUGGAUGAGCGCAGUGGCAAGCUGUUACAGCGCUACUAUCUGAAUCACAAUACAGCGCUGGUGAAGCUGCUGAAAAAGCUCGGCUCCCGCCCCAUUCCGCAAUGGCUUAAGGAUGAUUUGUCCACGGGCACGUGAUACCAGCUGUUUAGCGGCGCCAAUGGCGACGUUGGAGCUGGAGCUGGAGCUGGUGGCAAUGGGAAUAGGAGAAGGCUGGAUGGUAGCAAGUAUCGCAAAUCGGACGCAAAACUCAGGAAGCAAUUGCAGUGGCUGCAAAUGGUCGCAGCGGUGGAGGGAAGCGCGACGGGCAGCGGCAGUGGCAGCAGCAAUGACCGGCAGCGGCGUCGACGUCAUUGCACAAGAUAAAGGAACACAAAACAAUAAAUAAUAUCCAUAACCACUAUGCAAUGGCACUUAAGCAACCGGAAUCGAGUUGCUUUAACAACUCGUUAGCUUAGAAUAAAAAACAAUAUGGCGGCACCUUUGAAAAGCUGUAAUUAAAUAUUAAAAUGAUACCUCAUAAAAAGAAAAGAAAAACAAAUUCCACUUAUGUUGCAUAGUGUAAUUUGGUGAUUUACAAACAGACAUAAAUCUUUUUGUUGUUGUUGCUGCAAGCUAAUUAAUGUCACUGCAGUUGCAGUUCAAUGUUGUACCAUUCAAAUACAGUUAACUAGCGUACGUAAGUGUGUUUGUGUAAAUAAUAUAAUGGCGUGUAAGAAUAUGCGAUAUAUGUAUGUGUGUGUGCGUGUGAUAAAAAACCUAUAAUGUUAAUGUGAGAGUGUGUCUGUUUGAGCUGUCAACGCAUUAUAAUUCAUAGGGAGGCAUCAUGAAUAAAUGUAUGCAUAAAUGCUUUUAUGUGCUUUGUUAGUUGUUUAAAUGUUACAUAUGAAAAAAAAAAAAUAAAAACGAAGGAGAGAGAGAACAAAAGCAGAAAACAACACAAAUAUAUAGAAAAUAAAAAAACAGCCAAUUAUGUGUAUAUAUGGUUAAUUUCCGAGCGACAAUUAAGCGCCCAAUUAACUUGACUUGACUUUGUUUCGUUAUUACCUCAAAACUGUUUUAAGAACACUUACUAAAGACUCCACGCAAUAGAUAUAUCUACAUGCAUAUAUACAAUGUGUACUUUUAUAUGUUUUUAUUUAUGUUUUUAACACCUUGUAUACCACAAUACAAUACCAUUCUAAUCCAUGCCAAAACUGUAAGCCUGUCUCUGCAGUUACGAGUGCUAUAAUUAUGUUUAAUACACCUACUUAUAUGAAUACCUACAUAAAUGCAUAAAUAAGGCUGCUAUAAGUAAAAACUGUAUUAUAAAUGUUUUUAGUGUAAAGCGAAUGCAGCGAAAACAAAUUGCUUAAAAAUGGAAAUCUAGUUUUAUGUUUAAAGCGCUAAGCAGAGAUCUAUAUAGUAUAUAGAAAUAUAUAUACAUAUUGUAUAGUUGAAUAUAUGUAAAUUAGUUCAAGUUUAGAUUCAUAAUGCGACAAUAAUAA